UGGAGUGGCUACAUAUAAAGGGUCGGUCUUUUGGAUGGACCGAGUUUCCAUUUUCUUUCUUAUUCCGUUCUUUCUCCAUGGGGUAUGUCUUAUUUGGAGUUCUUAGCAGGAUUAAUACUUGGUUGUUGUAUUGUUACUUGGUAGUUGUUUGAUUUUAUCAGUAAUCACCCAACUAGUCUUUAAGAAACUACUUUUUCAAUUUGGGUAUAUUAUCAAGUGUUAACGUGGUUGAUCAAAACCUGAGUGAUUGUGUCACAUUGCCUCACUACGGUGCUGGUGGCACUCGUAUUACUUAUGUUCUGCUACUGUUCAGGAUUGAUACUAAUUUCAGAGUAGCAGCAGUAUCUGUAACUGCUCUGCUGGAUUAAUGGGUUAUGCGACGGGCUAGACCAGUUGACCAAAGACUUGCUCUUGUCACACCUAUGGUUUAGCCUGACCCUUGUGCAUAGCAUUGCAGUGUAUAUUUCAAAGCAUUGCAGUGUAGAUGUCACCUUUUCAAUUCAUGUACCAUACAUGACGCCCCCCCCCCCCCCUCUCUAAUUUGCUACCAGAUCUAAUGCCUAUUCGUCAAUCUUUUCUCCCUUGUCAAGCUCGUUGAUGACUAUCUCUCUCCAUCGUUGUAUCUCACAAGACUUUAUAUACAUAGCAAUAAAAUUGAUGUUUUAUUUUUAAUUGGUUUAUUAAGCAAAUUUAUAAUGGAUUAAAUCUGACAGAUUUAAUUUUACGAUGGUGUAUGUUAACCAAUCAUUCACGAGAUGACUACAGCAAUUGUUUUUUUGGUUAAAUGAAGAAUUAAUUACACCGUUUGAUGCGUGAUUUUAACAUGUACUCCGUAUUUUCAAAUUAGAAACCAUUUUAGAAGAUUAUUUAACGCCCCGGAGGAUUAGCAAGAGGUGCCUAACUGCCUAUCACGUAAUGGUCAAAGUAAUUGUAAAACUAAUAAAAAAGUUAAGUUACAAAUGCCGCUCUUUAAUGAGUUCUCACCCCGCCCUCGUGGCUCUUUAAACACCAAAAAAAAACAAAUGCCUCUCUUUAAUGAAACAUUAUACGUUUCUUUUUAUGUUCAAUUUUAUCGAGUAAUAAUAACCGAAAUACUUCAUACUAAAUAUGUUAUGUAAAAAAAAGGGGACGAAGUAUUGAUAUUUUACCAACGGUGUAAUUUCGGAAUUUGGAAAACAAGCGGUCAUAAAAAGUCUAUUUUAACACAUACAAAUAUAUUUCCCUCUAAUCCUCGAAUACAAAAGUUUUAAAAUUUGCUGUCGUUCAAUUCAGAAUUUCUAGAUUCAAAUUAUCUCUCUCUUCCCCACCUGUGAUUUGGCAACUAAUUUUCAUUUAAGUCUGAUUCUAAUUUAUUAGAUUUCCAGAUUACACUUUUUUUUCUUUUUUUUUUUGAGAAGAUACAUUUUUUAUUUUUAUCUUAAUUUCUUCUAUUAGUAACUCUUUUUCUUGAUGGAAGUCUGACAAAACAAUCAACUAAUAAUUAAUUUUAAUCCGUUUUACAAAAAUCUUCAGGGUUACAUACACAUUGAUCAACAGGUAUUUAUUAUAAUUUUGUUCCUAGCCUUUUCAUAUUAUAUGAUCAUCACAUAUUGUUCUAUACUCAUCUUUUUGCAUUUUUGUUUGCAUUAUACAUUGAUUAAUAGGUAUUACAUUGCACAAUUUCUUAUGAUCAUCCAUACAUUUUAUUACAGAGCAUUUGUUUGAAAAAUGACCCAGACUAAUUGUUAAUUAGGCGGCCAGACUUCAUGGUGAAUCUCUAAAUCUCUGCCACAACAAUCAUACCAAGGUGUAUUGGUUCUCCUCAUAUAAUGAUGUGUUUAUCUUGUAAUCGGAAAGGAUGAGUUAGGCUGGUUUGAUCAUAGAGACGUAGCCUAGAUUUCUUUUCUUGUUACGUAACAUAAUACAAAAUCUAAAAUAACCACCCAGAAAAUUUGAUCACAAAAGAAACACUUUUCCUGUUUUUGUAAAGUUUUGUUUUCAUUGGAGAAAACAUAAACAUGGAGCUAUUCAGGCAAAUAGGGGAAGUUUUAGGAAGCAUGAAGGCCUUGAUGAUAUUAGAAGGCGAUGCUCAGAUAAACAGAAGACAGUGCAGUUUGUUGUUUGACAUGUUUAACUUAGCCUUUGAAACAUUAUCAGAAGAAAUUAAGCUGAACCUUAGGUUAGAAGAGAAGAACACGAAAUGGAAAGCGUUACAUCAACCUUUAAAGGAGCUUUAUAGAGUAUUUAAAGAAGCAGAAUCGUAUGUGAAACAAUGCAUGGAUUGUUCUAAGGAUUGGUGGGUUAAGGCCCUGCACUUACAUAAUAAUCGAGAUGCUGUUGAAUUUCAUGUGCAUAACUUGCUUUGCUACUUUGCAAUCGUUGUUGAGGCGAUUGAAACAGCAGGGGAAAUAUCAGGGCUCGACUUAGAUGAGAUGAAGAAGAAGAGGAUCAUGUUGUCUAACAAGUAUGAUAUGACAUGGAAUGAUCCAAAGCUUUUCAUGUGGAAAUAUGGGAAACAAUAUUUAAUUUCCCAAGAUAUUUUGCAUAGGAUGUGCAAUGUUUGGAAAGAAGAUCAAUGGAUUUUGGUCGAAAUGAUUAAGGAGAAGAAGGUUUCGCCUUCUUUCACUAUGAGUAAGCAAGAUCAACGGCUCAGUGACUUGCUUAUGAAGAAGAUGAAUGGGGAAGAAUCGCUCUUUCAUAGCUCUAUUUUAACUGGAGCAAAGGAUUAUCAUGUGAGAAGGCGCAUAUGUAUAGGAAUGCAGAUUAAAGAGAUACAUUGGUUAGGGGAGAGUUUUAUUUUGAGACACUUUUUUGGGGAGCCUUCCUUAUUGAAUGCAGAGAUUUCUUUUCUGCUCUCUCUUUCCCACCCUAAUGUAGUCCAGUAUCUUUGUGGAUUCCACGACGAGGAAAAAAAAGAGUAUUUCCUUGUGAUGGAGGUGAUGAGCAAGGAUCUUAGAAGCCAUAUAAAGGAGGUUUCUAGUUCAAAAAGACGGAUGCUUUUUUCUUUCCCAGCUGCAGUUGACAUCAUGCUUCAGAUUGCGAGAGGCAUGGAAUACCUUCACUCUAAGAAGAUUUAUCAUGGAGAUCUGAACCCUUCAAAUGUUGUUAUCAAGCCUAGAAAUUCAUCUUCAGAUGGUUACUUUCAUGCGAAAAUCUCUGGUGUUGGUUUGAAGAAUGUUAAAACUAUGCCUGCUAGAGUCCCCCCACCAAACCAAAAUGAAGUUUUCACUUUUAUUUGGCAUGCCCCUGAGGUGUUAACUGAACAAGAAAGGCCAGGGAGCAGUGGAAAAUACAAGUACUCUGAGAAAGCCGAUGUUUACAGCUUUGGGAUGCUUUGUUUUGAGCUUUUGACAGGGAAAGUUCCUUUCGAAGAUGGCCACCUUCAGGGAGAUAAAAUGAGUAGAAAUAUAAAGGCAGGAGAACGGCCUUUAUUCCCGUUUGCUUUGCCCAAGUAUCUUGCAAAUUUGACUAGAAGGUGCUGGCAAACUGAUCCAACUCUGAGACCAGGUUUCUCCUCAAUUUGUAGGAUACUACGUUAUGUCAAGAGGCUGAUUGUGAUGAACCCUCAUCUAGCAGAACCUGAGAUUCCAUCAAUAGUUCAAGUAGAUUUUUGUGAUAUAGAAGCCGGGUUCAUGAAGAAGUUCCCAUCAGAGGCUAGUGCUGCGGUAACUCCUGUUUCACUGAUUCCAUUUCAGUUGUUUUCUUACAGAAUAGCAGAGAAAGAGAAGCUCAAUGGGAUCAGUAAAGACAAGAGCUGGGAUUCACAUAGUGAGGUGGUUAUUGGAUCUCCUAUGGAUGAGAUUGACAAUGUAUUAGAAGACUCAUUAUCACCAGCCCACGACACGCAGUCAUUGUGCUUAGAGAUUCCUGAGAAGAGACUCUCAGUUCUGAGGAGGGUCAAUGGCAUAACCACAGACGACCAAUUCUUGCAAACACAUGAUGCAAGGUCUGUGUCUGUGGAAACCCCGGAUUUGAAAGUUUCACGUUUAAGGAAAGCAAACAGCUUAGCAGCAGGUCGCUCAUCUUUGGUAGCACAACAUACAAGAUCAGUCUGCACAAAUAUUCCUGAAAAGAAACGGCCUUCUCCUUUGAAAAGCUGCAAUACGUCACAUUCCUUUGAAACUCACAUUGAAACAAGACCGGCAUGUACUGAGAGCUCGGAAAAGAAAGUCCCAGAUAAGAAGGUUCCGUUUCUGAGAAAAACUAGUAGUGUCAGAACGACCAAAGAUCCAGGGAAAGCAAAGGGUAAAGUGAAUGUGAAUGGAACUUCAUCUCUAAGUUGGCGUGGUCAUACUGCAAGGAUUACUGCAGACAAGCAGUACCAAUCACAACCUUUAUCACAGAAGCCGAAUAGGAGUAAACACAAACAAGCUGGUUAUUCACCUGGUCACUCGAGUUUUUAACUCAUAACAAAAGAUUACUUGCAUCUCUUCAUUCAUACAUCAGUUGGUUACCUAGUACACAAAUUACUUCUGAAGCCUAAUGGUUAACUGUCCUUUGUAAGAGCAUUGUGCCCUGCAUUCAGGGUAGUGGGAUCACUUGGUAACACUCGGAGGAACGAUUUCCGUCUGCAGUUACAGCUUUACAAUCCCUGAACUGCAUUUUAGAUUAUAUUCUACUUCCAAGUGAAUUUUAGUGGAAGGUGCAGGAAAAUUUUGGACAAACCAUUUUCAAGCUGUAAAACUUUCCUUAUUUUAUGAGGUUUCUAAUAUUUUUUGGAGAUCAUAUACUUUAA